GAGCGCAUUCCGCGGCCGACUCUCGAGCCGAGCGCAUCAACCCCCACCCGGCUCCGCUUGGCUGACAACGCGCGCUCACGUGCUUUCUCUCGAUUCUCGCUCUCUCUCUUUCUCUCUCGAGCAUGCUUCGGCCGCUGCUGUGAAUUGCGCCACCUUUCACCGCAAAUUUUUCAUGGACUUUUCCGGCGGCUGGCCCUAGGCAAGCGCCGCUGACACUUUCGUACUCGUCCCAACCUGUUCCCAAAUCCAGCAAGUGGCACACGUGACACUGCAGAAUGAUUCGGCUCGGCUUGUUCUGCGUCGCAGUCUUCCUCCUCUCUGAAGGGGUGGAUGGCCUGUUUGACACCCAAGGUCCGAGCUUCGUGGUGGAGCCACCACCCCGGCUAGAGUUCACCAACAGCCGAGGCGGAAGGGUGGACUGCCAGGCCGAGGGUAACCCGGACCCCAUGGUAGACUGGGUGGCGGCCGACGGCUCUCCCCUCUCGGUCAUUCCCGGGGUGCGGAUGCCCAUGGGCAACGGCACGCUCAUCUUCCCGCCGUUCCAGGCCGAAAUCUACCGUCAGGACGUGCACGCCGCCGUCUACAAGUGCGUGGCAACCAACGCGGUCGGCUCCAUUGUCAGCAGGGAUGUUGUCGUCAAGGCUGUGGUUAACCAGCAUUACGAGCCCGAGGUGCAGAAUCCAGGUGGCAAUGUGGGCAACACGGUGAUCAUGCGGUGCACCGUGCCAGCUUUCGUCAAGGACUACGUCACCGUCACCUCGUGGCUGCAAGAGCCGAAUUUCAACAUCUACCCCUCGAUCAUCAGCGACGGGAAAUAUCACAUGCUGCCCAGCGGCGAGUUGCUCAUCAGCGACGUGUCCCGAGCGGACGCGACCAAGAGCUACCGAUGCAGGACGCAUCACCAACUCACUCUAGAAUCCGUCGAGAGUUUGAACUCUGGCAGAAUACAACUCACUGAAAUCAGAGGGCUGGUUCACCCGACGCUGUACGACAAAUUAGUGACGCUCACUGCUCGAGUAGAUGACACGGUGGUGGUUCCGUGCGUGGCCUUAGCCAACCCUCGACCCAGCUACAGGUGGUUUCACCGCACGGGCCAGAACCAACAGCAAGCCAACAUCGACGGGUCGGGCCGGUUGCUGGUGCGCGACGGCACCCUCGUCAUCCCCAACGUCAAGCAAUCGGACGCAGGUUCGUACUUUUGCAACGCCAGCAACGCGCAGGGUAGUGAGGUGAUGGAGGUCAAGCUGAGUGUGACUGCGACGCUCGAGGUCACCAUGCAGCCCAACAGACUGACUGUUGACCUGGGCCGGAGUGCGGAAAUAUCGUGUGUGAUCAACGGAUUUCCCCACGGAACUCCGGUCUGGCUGAAGGACGGCCAGCCUCUGCGAGUUAGUUCCAGAUUGCGGCUCGCCGCCCCCGACAGGCUGCACCUGGGCUCCGUCUCCAAGGAGGACCGAGGCAUGUACCAGUGCGUGGUCAGGAACGAGCAUGAUAUGGCCCAAGGAUCUGCAGAACUCAGACUUGGAGAGGUGUACCCGCAGCUGGUGUACCGAUUCAUCGAGCAGACCCUGCAGUCGGGGCCGUCGGUGUCGCUGAAAUGCAGCGCGUCGGGCAAUCCUACGCCACAAAUCACCUGGACGCUCGACGGCUUUCCGCUGCCUCAUGGAAAUGACAGACUGAUGAUCGGACAGUUCGUGAGCGUGUUCGGCGACGUGAUCAGUCACGUGAACAUCUCGUCUGUGCGCGCUGAGGAUGGUGGCGAAUAUGAGUGCGUGGCUGAAAACCGCGCCGGCACCGACAGGCACUCGGCCAGGCUCAACAUCUACGGCCAGCCGUACGUGCGACCGAUGCCAUCAAUUUCUGCAGUCGCCGGAAAGCGGCUGGAAAUAAAAUGUCCCGUCGCUGGCUACCCCAUAGACACCAUCAGCUGGGAGAAGGAUGAAGUGCGAUUGCCAACAAACAUCCGGCAAAAGGUGAACAACGGCACGCUCAUCAUUGACAACGUACAGCGGACCCUCGACUCAGGCACUUACACCUGUAUCGCGAAGAACAAGCAAAACUACUCUUCACAGCGGUCAGUCACCAUCAGGGUACUAGUUCCACCGAAAAUCACUCCGUUUUCCUUCGGUCGCGACCUGAACGUGGGCGAGCGCACCAGCAUUCAGUGCGUGGUGGUCACCGGCGACCUGCCGCUGACCUUCACGUGGCUCAAGGACGGGGCGGUGCUGUCCCCCAGCGCGUCCGACCUGCGCGACGUGUCGGUGCGGCAGUACGACGACUUCACGUCGGCCCUGUCGAUCGGCAGCAUCUCGCAGAUGCACGGCGGCAACUUCACCUGCCGCGUGGCCAACGACGCGGCCAACGUCUCGCACACGGCGCGCCUCCACGUCAACGUGCCUCCGAGAUGGGUCGUCGAGCCGUCAGAUCAAAACGUCGUCCUCGGCAAAUCGGUCGCUCUCCAGUGCCAAGCCGACGGCUUUCCCAAGCCAACCGUCACGUGGAAACAGGCGAUCGGGAAGCAGCCCGGCGACUACAGAGAGAUAGGCUACCGAAGCCAAAGACUGAGGGUCAUGGAAAACGGAUCGCUGGUUAUCGCGCGGGCUAUGGAGGAGAACGAGGGCUACUUUUUGUGCCAGGCGAGCAACGGCAUAGGGGCAGGCCUCAGCAAAGUCAUCCAUCUCAACGUCUAUGCUGCCCCUCGCUUCAAAACGCAGUCGAAGAGCGAAACCGUCCGAAAGGGUGCGACUGUCCACCUGAAGUGCGAUGCUGAGGGAGACAACCCAAUGGAUAUUGUCUGGAAAUUGAGAUCAAUUAUUGUCGACCAUACUUUUGACUCCAGAUUUUCUGUGAAAAAGUCGCCCCUUUUGACUGGAAAUGGAGCCGUGUCCGAACUGACCAUUUCAAACGCGGGUCACCAAGAUAGGGGUGACUACAUGUGCGUUGCCACAAACGAGUAUGGCAGCGACACACAGACAUAUCAGUUGAUGGUGCAAGAGCCACCGAGUUUUCCGCGAAAUCUGCACAUCACCGAGCAAACAAGCAGAUCCAUCGUGCUUUCUUGGUCGAGCAACACAGAUGUCAAUAUUCCCAUCACUAGCUACGUUCUGCAGUACAAAGAGUCAAAUGAUGUUUGGAAUGAACUUAAUGCUCAGCAAAUAAUAGCCGGAGAUAAAACGACAGCGGCUGUCGAGGGACUAAAGCCGGCCACCAUGUACCAGUUCCGGCUUUAUGCCGAGAACCAGCUCGGAGCCAGCGAACCAAGUGACAUCCUUCACGGUAUGACUUCUGGAGAAAAACCGGCGGGUCCUCCGCUACAAGUUUCCGUCGAACCAGUGUCUUCCACUCAGCUCAGGGUAACCUGGCAACCUCCCAACAAGGAACUGUGGAACGGGGACAUUUUGGGCUACAACAUCGGCUUCAGAAAGUCAUUGCACGGCUCACAAGAGGCUGAUUACAAUUACACUCGAGUGUCGAUUUCCGGGGACAUGCCAGGGGAUUUCCGACUGACUAAUCUGGAGAAGUUCACCAAGUACUCAGUCGUGGUGCAAGCCAUGAACAGUAUUGGGGAAGGUCCCAAUUCUGACCCCUUUUCUGCUCUCACACUGGAGGAUGUUCCAAGUGGACCUCCUCAGGACGUGCAGUGCUCCGCCUUGACCUCGCAAAGCGUCCAGGUAACUUGGCAGCCGCCGCCACUGGCAAAGGUACACGGCAUCAUUCAAGGAUACAGAGUCACUUAUGAGCCCGUGGAAGAGUGGUCUGACUCUCACGUAGCAAGCGAGACGCGUUCGACAGCGGGCUUGAACACGGCGCUGCACGGUCUGCAGCAUUUCACCAACUACAGCAUCCAGGUCCUGGCGUACACGCGCGCCGGCGACGGCAUCAAAUCAAACACAAUAUUCUGCCGCACCGACGAGACAGUGCCAGAGGCUCCCGAGAGGGUCAAGGCGGCGGUGAGCUCGUCCAACGCAAUCACCAUAAGCUGGCUGCCGCCGCGCAGACCCAACGGCGUGCUCACCAAGUACACGGUGCACAUCCGCUCUAGCUCGGAGGCUAAGGACCGCGUGCUCAAGUGGACCCUGCCGCCGACGCAGACCCAGUACAACGCGCAGGACAUCCGCAAGAGGAACGGCGACACGUACGAGGCCUGGGUCACGGCCUCCACCAAGGUCGGCCAGGGCCAGAAUACGCCCGUCGUUAAACUCUAUCCUAGCUCGACAGUUCCUGCCGCCAUUGUUUCAUUUGGCCAAACCAUAACCGUGCCUUGGAAAGUCGAAGUCAAACUACCGUGCCAGGUGGUUGGAGUUCCUAGGGCUUCGGUGGAGUGGAAAAAGGGAGACGUGAAAAUUCAAAAGGAACAUAGAGUCAUGGUUUCUUCAGAUAAUACGCUCAUAAUUUCCAACGUGCAGAGGGCGAACGAGGGCAACUACACUUGUUACGCCAGAAACAAUCUUGGAACGGACCAUAUUACUUUCGCUCUGAGAGUCCAAGUGCCCCCCACGCAGCCGAUCCUGUUAGCCACCGCAGUGACGUCAAACACGGUGCAGCUGCAGUGGAAGCAGGGCGACAACGGCGGCGCGCCGGUCAAGGGCUUUUUGCUCUCGUUCAAAAAGGACUUUCACUCGGCUGAAUGGGAGGACGUCAGUUUGGACAAACGGCUGCACAUGUACCUGAUGGACAAUCUUGAUUGUGGCACGCAGUACCAGUUCAAACUUACCCCAUUCAACAAAAUUGGUAACGGGGUGCCGAGCAAGACUGAAAUCGCUCAGACCAGCGGCACCAAGCCAGUGGCACCAUCCAGGAACCAGUUUUUGCAGUCCAACAUCUCCGCCGUGGUGCUCUACCUCAACACGUGGUCCGACGGCGGUUGUCCUGUGCUGCACUUUGCUGUCGAGCUCAGGAAAAACAACGCAGAGUGGCAAACAGUGUCUAGUAGCGUCACUCCCCAGCCCAGGUACUUGAUCGAGGGCUUGGAGUCAAGCACGAAAUACUUCCUGCGCGUCACGGCGCACAAUAAUGCCGGCUACACCAUGGCCGAGUUUGAGUUUGAAACCCUGCACCAGUACGGAGGAGUAUCCCCAUCUCACGGUGUUGUUCUCUCGGCCUCUGAUGACUCUAACGUCUCAGUAUUUGAUCCACAAGUCUUGCUGCCCUCGUCAAUCGUCGUCGCUGUCAUUUUCCUGUUCGUGUCCGGCUUCUGUUAUUGCUGGCGAAGAAAAUCGGACCAUGACUCCAUGCAAGACUCUCAGGUGUCGAUGGCGAUGGACAACAAGCAGAACAUGGAGCAGCGAGAGCUGCAGUACUACGCAACUGUGCGCAAGCCGAUGCCCUCGCCUGUCAGAGACAUCAGCACCCUGGAGAGAAUCCCAGAAUAUUCAGAGGACAUCUACCCCUACGCUACUUUUCACCUUCCCGAACAGGAAAACAUGGCGUCCAAUCCUCAGUUGCAGGCACUCCUCUACAACGAGUCGCAGCACGCCGCGGAGACUUUGCAAAUGAAGCAGGUCCGCAGCAGAUCUCUCGGACGAGGCAGGGGCCGACGCAAGUCAUUCAAGUCGGAGAGCGAGGAGUACGACACUCUGGGUUCCGAGGACGAGGAGGAGCCCCUUUCGAGCCGCACAGAGUCGUCCAGCCAGCUGCACGGAGGCCCUCCCCCUCUCCGGCCGCACCUCAAUUUUCUGUACCACAAUCAAGAAUCAAGUACGUCGACCGAGCCGUCACCAAUUUCUGAACGCAAGUCUAGUAGACAAGGAAAAAUAAGAAGCGGGCACGGCGGUCGACGCGCCAUUCUCGAUACGGACGGUGUGCACUCUGCUCGGCAGAAAGGGGAACUGCCCAACGGCUUCCACGAGUUCGCGAUGGAGCCGAGUGAGGCAGAAUGUGAUAUGGACUCGCUGAAGAAGCUGCGCCUCGGUGGCAUGAAAUUCUACUACAGCCCUUCGUCGGGCGGGCGGCACAAUUUGGAAGACUUCACCAUCGCCGUGUGAUGGGUCCCUUUUUGUACAUACACUUCAUUCUCUCUGUGAUGAAUAUAUAUUAUACUGCGAAAAGAAAUGGCCAGUUGCUCGCGUUUUUGUAAUAUACUUUGAAAGAGGCGGAACUUUUGUAAUUAUUGCGACUCAUAUUGUUGAGCAAAUUUAAGAAAAAAACGUGUUCUAUAUCUGUCCAAAGCAAAAGUUAAAACAGGCAUUCGAGAUACUGUUCAGUGUUUGUUACGGGCAACUGCUGAGAUGUUCUGCGUGUUUCGUUGUUGCGAUCGGCAGUUUUGCUAUUGAACGAGAAAGACAAAAAUAUGUGAUCAACGCGUUGAUAGAUCUGCUAAUGAUUUUGAUCAAGUGAAUGCAACUGAAAUGGCUUUUAAAUUAUUUUACAAAAUGGCCUAUUUAAUUGCUCCAAACAAUAUGUGAUUGGUCUCUCUGAAUUUCGAGUCGGGUAGGCGUGUUGCCAAAUAUUUAGCACUUGUCCAGUUGUAGAAGGGCAGGACAUCAAAACGCCUGAUAUUGUUUGGGGCUCAUAAAAAAAUGUGAAACUGAGACGUGUGGAAAUGAGAAUAAAUUAAAACAAGGUGUUUUUGAUCAUUAAA